AUGGAGGAUCUUGUCGACGCUUCGCUUAUACCCGACGAGAAUGGGAUACUGGACUUGCAGGACAAGCACUGGGUGACGCUGGACGAAGUCGUGUGGACCUACGCACACGCACUGUUGGUGCUCAAUGUAUCGCGUAACCAGCUCGUACACAUUUCUGAAUCUAUUGGCAACCUAGAACUGCUCCGUGAGCUUUUGUUGGCCAACAAUCGCAUCGCGUCACUCCCUGUACAGAUCGCUCGCUGUGUGAAUUUGCGCAAGUUGGAUCUCCACCGCAAUCGCCUGGAGCAGCUCCCCAGUGAAUUACAGUAUUGUGAGCGCCUAGAAGAUCUGGAUGUGUCCUACAACGACCUCACAACGAUACCGCCAGAGCUCGGACGGCUGCAACACCUUCGCGUGCUCAACGUGCGCUACAACAAACUCACUUUACUUCCACACACGCUAUGCGACUGCCUAUUACUAGAAGAAGUUUGCUGCGAAGGCAACGAUGGACUCACAGAUAUUCCUGAGUCUUUACGCAGCAACACAAAGCUGGUGUUGUGGAUCUGUAGCACCGUCAAGCGACAUCGUGCAGAGGUGACGGAGUUAAUUGAGAUCAACAGCGAGUUGGAGCGCAUGGCGCGACUUGGAGACGAAGAACGACUGAAACUUCGCGAAGAGAUCAGCGACUUACAACGCAAAAAGCAGGCAUUAGAAGACGAGCGGCCACACAACUACCUGUUCGUCAAAAAGCACGUUGUGAGGGUCACAUCCGAGGUGUGCAACUUGAUGUAG